CAAACACACAUAAGAGGAGAUCAGCGUCCAUCACUCGUAUUGCAUCCAAGAAUCUCACUGUUCCUGAGAUUCCAUCGGCUCCAGUCGUUCACUACCACUAUCAUUACCACUGCCACUGCCGCGGCCAAUACUGCGCACGCUAUCACUACCGGUCCAGCCAAUAGGCCUCGCCCACAAUGUCCCUCAACGCGGGCCUCAGCGCCGCGCACACCGCACAAGACGUCAUCAGUGCGCUGAACCUGACCCCGCACCCAGAAAAAGGCUGGUAUAUCGAGACCUACCGCGACCCGCACAACUUCACCGAUACGUCCAACGGCACGAGUCGCAGCCGCUCGCCGUCGACAAACAUCUAUUAUCUCCUUGAGGGCGAGUCCGGGCUGUCGCACUGGCACCGGGUCCUCGAUGCGGUCGAAGUCUGGCACUACUAUGCGGGUGCGCCGUUGCAGCUUUCACUCUCGUGGGAUGACGGUAGCCCCGUCCGAGAUCUGGUGCUGGGCCCAGAUAUCUGGAACGGGCAGCGGCCGCAGAUCGUGGUCGAGCGCGGGGAGUGGCAGCAUGCCUUGAGUCUAGGCGACUGGACACUCGUGGGCUGCUCGGUAGCGCCGGCGUUUGAGUUUGAGGGGUUUGAGAUGGCGCAGCCUGGAUGGGAGCCCAAGGGCGCGGAGAAGAAGGAGGGAGAGAACGCGUGAUGUCGUCUGUUUAAACGGGUGCUGUAAAGAGUCUGCUCUGGAGUGAGGUGAGACGGAGUUGGCGACGUGUGGCGGGCUCCCUUGCAUGAUAGAUGGAGCGAGGGUCGGCCAUGAAUGACAUGGGAAGCUUUUCAACAAUACCCAUACCUUGUUUUGUUAUUUGUUUAAGACCAGACACGGUCGUUGAUAGAAUUCCUACAUGAAUGCAUAACUGCGCCGAUGACGAUAAUGACGAAUACGAUCAGGG